GGUGCCAAGUCCCGCCGUCCGACAGGAAGCGCCAACAUGGCUUCGCAAAACACACCCGCUGUGGCGUAGUCCGAUGAAUACGACAGAAUACAAAUGGUGGCAGUGUUUGCAGGAUUACAAUCGUCACGUCAAAAAGGGGGUGCGCCCGUCGAAGGCUCGGUGAAGGACGCCAGCAACCUGAAGAGGUCGGGGACAAUCCUCCGUUGGCGAAGUAUAUGACGCGGCGUCAUGGGUUCAGAGGUGCACUUCCGGGAUCUUCCCGGAGGUCCGAUGAAGAUAAAAUUCGCCGACGAGAUAACGCGGCACUGCCUGUGCAAAAGUUGCAACAUGCUUUCUCUCACCAUGUACGCCGAUCCAGCAUCGCACUUCUUCUGCGAGACCUGCAUACUCAUCCAGAGCUACAAGCACAAGAGGUACGACAUCUACUGUCCUGAAGAACGCAGGAACGUCUCCUUCGAAGAGCUGUUUGAAGCUCGGGAUGUGAUCAUGAUACUUCGUGACCAGUUAGUGGAGUGCCCAAAUCGGCAAAAUUGCACUUUGAAGAUUCCUCUCGAGCAACUUGAGAGUCAUUACAUAGAGUGCAUGCACUUAAGAAGCAUCAAUUGUACCAAGUGUGGCAGAGAAGUUGAAGCAACUUCUUGGAACAAGCACAAGCCGGACUGCAAGCCGACAUAUGACACUAAAUCCACGUCACAGGAAUCAAACGGUCGAAAUAACAUGCGAGACCAUCCAGUAGCGUCUCAAUCAAAAGCACAAGGAUUAACUUCGAAGAAGACUGGAACAGCUAAACAUGCAACAGGGACCUCAAGCGGCCUGUAUCCCGUAGACCAGCUUCGACGCAUGACCAACGGUGACCACGGUCGAGAGCCCUCGAGCACUGAGACUGCAAGUUUGCCUCCCUACCUAAGAGAGAAGCCGCGGGAUGACGCUGCCAGCGAAACUGAAAAGACUUUGUGCCCCUACUGCAAGAGGAAAGUGAAGGUUGAGAAUAUGGAGCGUCACCUUGAAAUAUGCUACGAUUCGCCGAUCGAGUGCCGCUUCUGUAAUCAACAGAUCAGCAAAAAGGAUAAAAAGGACCACGUUGACAACUGCCAGCGAGACUUUGAAAAAAGAAGCAAGGAGCCAAAGAAGGACGAAGUGGCCAAGACAAUCGAUGGCCAGCCACGACCACAGCCUUCCCACAGCGUCAACGCGGCAUACCAGGGGAGCAAAAAUAUCGGUGUUGCCGAAUCCAGAGGAACUGCAUCAACGAAGUCCGCACAGGCCACAAGACAAGAACCGAGCCUCACUACCGGUUGCUAUACGGACUGGAAGGCCUGGAAACCAUACGCCGCUUCAGGAAACUGGUACGCAGUGUUCGUCAUCCUCGAAGAACAAUUCAGCGGCACCGGAGCCGACCAGGCGGCAAGGUGGGAUCAUUUUGUGCCUAAGCUGCGGCACACGAAGCAUGAGUGCAUCGUCCGCGACCUCAUUGAUGACCCGUACGAGCCGCAACCGUUUGACUGCCUCAUCACUGCCCUUAUUGCAAGGUGUUGCCUGCCGCAAGAAGUUUGGCCCCAGGGACUGCAGGUGACUUGGGACGAUAUCGUAAUGUACGUCCCAUCGGUACUGCGAGAGCGUCUAACAGAGGGUGCCAAGAGUCACCUGCGGAAACACGCGGUUUAUCUCGACAGUCAUGGGCAACCCGGGAUCGAGAGUAGUGGCGCAGAAGCUGCCAACGCCGUUGUGCCCAGAAGCCCACAAUUGGUUGCGUCACCGAAUCCAGCGACCACGGAAACGCAAGCAGGAAGUGUGAAGGCAGUGGACGUCCGUAGUGCAACACAAGCGAAAAAGCAGGACGCAAACGCAAUUUCGACUCUCAUGCAGGGAGAAGAGGCACCAUCCAGUAAGAAAGCAAAGAAAAUGUCGGUCGCUGAUUCUCUUCAUGUUACUUCCAAAUUAGGUCGCUUAAAUGUCAGUGAAACUGCAACAGAGGCGCAGAGCUUUCAAGAAAACUUACUCUUGAAAUCACGUGGUGAACCACAAGAAAAGCAACAUGGCGAGGGUGCAUCGCAAAGCCAACCUGGAAAAUCUGUCCGGUCAUUGGGUGGGCUCGGUAACGAUGCUGAUUCCUCAGAGCGAGAAACCAGUGCAACAAUAACCAAGCUACCUUCGAGGAGACGAUCAGAAACAUCAUCUUCCAAACUUGACGACUCAAGUAUCGCCGAACCUUUGCCAAACUCGGAGGAGUUGAGUGACAGCGUGCACUUAAGACUGUACGGCCCACCUCAACAAAAGCACCAUGUUGAGGUUACAUCCAAUAGCCGAUCCAAAGGAGCUUCCCGAGUAACGAGUGGACUUGAUAACAACACAUGUGCCCCAUUGGGAGAAAUCAAUUCACCAUUAGAUACGCCAUGUUCGCGGUUCCAUACAGCAUCACCUGUAUCGGAACCAUCAGCACCUUCUAAAUAUGAUGAGCCAGGCAUGAUCGAAUCUUUCUCAAACGCUAAAGGAUUGCAUGACGGACCGCUGGGCCAAUCACAAGAAAAGCUACACGUUGUGAAGACAUACGAAGGCGAACUAGAAAAGGACGCAAGGUUAAUUGACGGACUCUGUAACAACGCAGCAUCUUCACAGUGCCAAAACAGUGAAGGAGUAUUAUUCAUCUCACCUUCUGAAAAGCAGUCAGAACAAUCGGCACCUGAGCCACCAGCAUCUUCAAAACCAGGUGACCUAAGUGUCACUGAAAAUUCAUCCAACAUUGGAGAUUUGCGUGAAGACAAGUACUCCAGAGCAGAGGGACAAUCGCAACAAACACUGCAUGCAGACAGCACACACGAAAACGGAGCCGGGGCAGGUGCCGGGUUGUGGGAUGGACUCGAUAGCAACUUAGCUUCUUUAAAGCUAGAAAGCAAUACAGUGCUGUCCAAACGAUCUUCGUGGAACCAAUCGCAACACUCAGCACCUGAACCACCAGCUCACCCCUGGUUAGGUUACUCAAGUGCCAACGAGGCUAUGCCGGAAACAGAAGGAUGGCGUGAGGGCGGGUGCUCAAUAUCGCAAGGCCACCCACAGCGAAUGUUACGUGCUGAGAGCACAUGUGAAUACCCAGCCGAGAAAUCUGCAAGUUUAUUAGAUGGGCGUGGUAACAACACAGCUUCCUCACAGCGACAGAAUCGUACAGCUUUAUCUAAGCAACUUUGGUGGUACCAGUCCGAACUAUCAGCACUUCCACUGUCAGCACCUUCCAAGGUAAAUGACUUAAGUACCAGCGAAGAUAUGUCAACUGUACAAGGAUUGAGUGCUGGUGAGUACAUAAGACAUCAGGACCAACUACAACAAAAGCAGCAUGUCGAGAGCAGCCCCGAAAGCAUGCUCGGAGAAACCUACAGGUUAUUAGAUGAGCUCAAUAAAAAUAAGGAUUCUUUAGAGCGAAAGAGCAGUAAAACAUUAUGCGAAACAAAUAGAUGGAAGCGAUCGGAACCAUCAGCACCAGAGCCACCAGCAUAUUGUGAAGUAGAUGCAUUGAAGACCACUGAAGCUUUGUCAAACAUGGAACAAUUACGUGGUGGUGAGUACUUGAGACCGGAGCACAAAUCGGAAGAAAAGCUGCAUGUUAAGGUUACACACGAAAACCGACCCGCAUAUGGUGAGAGAUUCUUAGAUGAAACUGGCGACAACACAGCUUAUUCAGUGCGACAAAACAGCACUGCGUUAUCCGCACCACCUUUGCAGUACAAACCAGAUUCACCUGCACCUGAACCACCAGCAUUUUCCAAGUUGGGUGAAUCAGGUGCCUCCGAGGUUUUGUCAAACGCGGAAGGAUUGCUUGAUGGCACGUUUUUAAGAUCGCAAUGUGAGCCAAAACUACUAUAUGAGGACGACAACUCAGCACCUUUACAGCAAAAAACUUGUACAUCAUUGGAGAAUGCAACUUCACGGCACAAGUCAAAGCCAUUGGGGACAAAAAUGGAGGAGAUUCUAAAGAAGUUAACUACUGAUGGUAAACAUUUCAGCGACGUCGAACAGCCUUGUCAGAAAACAUAUGCGGAGGCACUCAAACAGGCCGACAUGGCGCUGAAUGCAGCCGAUGCGUGCCACAUUGAUGCUAAGUGCAUGAUAGGAAGCGAAAGAAGUGAAUGUUAUGCGGCCCAUAAAUCACCUUGCCACAGAACACCGGGGACCUUAAGUAAAGAGGAGGCGGUGGGCCCUACCAUGCCACAAGAGAGAAAAAUGGGUUUGCAAAUGACAACUGCAAACACGGACCGAUCACCAUUCACUGGGGAAAAGGGCAAAACCUGCUUAGAUCGCAACGCUAAAGAAAAUGAUACCACCGCAAGAUACUCGCGAGCAAGAGACAUGACCAUUCCUAACAAGUCUGGUCCACACCUUGACCGAAUUGAUCCGCUGUACUGCUCUCAAGCUCCGGAAAGCCGAAGCACCAGAUCACAACGAACAACGCAUCACGAAGAACGUGUAUUUUUCAACAGCACCAGGAACUCUCACCGCAGUCACAGUGGUACAGUGCAGCAGCUAAGGGUGGUGACAAAACAGAGACGACCCCUGUACGUGCCAAGCUCUAUGAUUGCACGCGAGGUUUUAGAAUCUGCGGGGCGACCCUCUGAAAUACCGCGCGACACUUCAAACGCAGGAACAAGACACACAAGUGUUGUUUCCCGUACGCGCGCGCAAGACCAAGAGUUUUUACGCUCCUCGCCGGCCAGUUCAACGCUUGAUGAAGAAACACGUGUUCUGGAGAAGGCCCAGAAAGUUUCGAAACAGCAGCAUGAUGCUGGGGUUGCAUCGCAGAUGGAGGGCCCACGAACCUUGACUUGUCAGGAGGCUCCAACUAGGCAAGCACAAGAUGUGACCUCGGCGAGAGUCCGAAGGCCGUUCGAAAAAGCCGUGGCUGUCCCUUCAGCAUUAGAAUUUUCUAAGCGGCAAGACUACAGCGCCGAUAGUGCAGCGUGUGAAGCGACAAGUUGUCGAGCAAGCGAUGCCAUUGCUACAGGCAGUGGAUUUCAGUUGGACAUUCCCUGUUCGCAAGAGGUUUUACCUGAACGCACUUACAGAGCUUUCUCGUGUCCGGCAGACAUUAGAGGACAGGGUGCUCCAGAACUCAGCACAACAGCGGGGUACCGUUUUGCGAAAUCUUUAGACUCAAUCCGGGAACCUAUGAAGGAACGUCAUGAAAGUGUUCUGAGCAGUCGGGAGAGUUCGCAGAAGGACACUUCCUUUGUUAUGGAGGCUGAAGUUUGACAGGCUACCGCAGUAAAUAAGUGAAUCCAAAGCGCUCGCUGAGCAUGUGUCAGAAAUACUUGUGUUUCUAUCAAACCGGAGACAUACCUCUGCACCAGCCAGCCGCAUCCUCGUGUGAACCAUGAGAAAACUAUCAAAGGCCAAGUGGUCAUCUGAUUAAGAAAGUGGAGAUGAGAAAACAUGCAGGAAAUAUAAGCAACCUGUGAAGUUGAGUAAUGAAUUUACGAAGCGACUUAUUAUUAACCAAAUGUUGCCUUAAUGGCCGGUUGUGAUG